UGGGUUGGCGCUAGCUCGCUAACCUGACCAACAUUUCUUCACUAGCCAUCCGCCAAGUAACUUUAAGUGUGCAUUAUUAGGCGAUGCUUUUAUUCCUUUUAACAAAUAAUUCAGGAGGCGUUUUGAGACAGCUUCGAAAGCUGCACACCAGGCAGCUACGCUAACUUAAGUAGUUACCUAUUUUACCGAAGCUAUGCUCUUCUGGACUAGCCGUUUGUUGUUAGCUGGUUAGCUAUCUAGCGUUAGCUAACUUAGUUUUAGCUAAAACGAGUAUGACUGUCUUAACUAUCUGCGCGAAUAUACAGCACAUGGAACAGGUUUUACAGACAUAACUGCCCAAUCUGGCAGUUAUCGGUUUGAUCAAACUCCACAAACUGCUGAAAUGGACGUUAUUUCACUCAGCUCCGGCCCCGGCAGUGAAGAGGAGGACUCUGAUAUAGAGUUUGUUCGCAGUUACAAUAACGGCAGAGAAGAUGCGGUGCCGUUCAUCACAGCCGAGCUGCUCCCCGUUACACCUGUUCUGAUUGAUAUCACAGGACAUAAUUUGUCCACUUUUGGGCCAAGGUACUCACUCAGAUCAAGAAGAGGACAAAGCUCUACUAUAGAAGUCAUAGAUCUAAAUAAUGACAGUCUUCCCAGUGACUCCUCUAGUUCUGAUACACAGCUGCAGAGAAUAACAGCAGAUGGCACACUUACAGAUGCAGAAAACUGUGUGGAAUCAUCUACCAAUGCCGUAACCAAGCCCUGUGGAAACAAUCGACUUUUAGCAUGUAAUGCAAACCUUGAAAAGAAUGUAAUAUAUUUGGAUCCUGAUGGCGGGGAUGGCUGUCAGUCUCCUCUCUUCAUGUCCUCUGGUCAAGAGAAGUGUUCCAGAGAUCAAUAUGAUUCUGUUCACUCAGGUUUAGAAGAAAUGAGUAUCCGAAAUAAGUCAGGUGACAUUUCUCAAUGUGAGAAAGGACCAUCUGGACUGGACCAGUCUGCAAUCAAAACACCACAACAUUCAGAGACGUUUGAUAACUCACCACAAUUUCACACUGUACCCACACAGACGCUCCAGAACACUAAAGACACCCAGGAAACGUUCUCAUUACCAGCUGAUCACAGCACCGAGCUACAGAAGGAAUACAAUGAAAACCUGGACUUUCCACAAAGCUGGCUUGAUAAGGACCCCUCUCCUUUUAGCCUGGACAGUCCGUACUACUGCCCAAGUGAAAUAGAUGACAUUCUCUUCUCUGAGGAAUCCAAUGUUGGAGAUAACAAAGAGCUGUUAUCCACACCAUGGAGCUUCUCCGGUCUUCGUUGUACUGAAUCCCCGACCAACACUCCUGUGGAAACUACAGAUUUGCAUGAAAAGGAACACAUGCAAAAGUCACCAAUCAUUCAAGCUCAGUCACAGUUCCCUUGUGACACAUUACCUACCUCAAGUGGAGUGUCUCCCACCUCCAGCCUGCCCUGUGGACAGCCCUGCAGUCCUACAUCUACAGAACUCCUUGCUGGGGACUCUCCAGACACACUAGCCAGCUCACAUGAUCUGGCAAUGGAGAGUCCACUCAGCAGCCCUAGCCUACCUUCACCCUUACCUUACUCCACAGAGACAUUGUUGUUAAGUUGUAAAAACUCCAAAGCUUUAGUGUCAUCAGAAAGCUGCCCUUCUAGUCCAUGGCAAAGGAGUAGCAAGGAUGAUCAGGAUGAGGAUGGUAAUUGUUCAGAAUCCCACAUGCAAGUCAAGCAGCAUAUUUCUCUGGCUCAGUACAAGAAGCUGAAACACUUGAUUGGGAGAGGAGCUCAGGAAGUGCCUGAACAUGGUGCAGAAGAAGACAUCACUGCAGUCGAACCACUGUGCAGACAGAGUCUGAGCCUGGUCUACAGCACAAUAGAAGAGAACUACCCAGAGGGCACCGUGCAGCUGCUCUCGGAUUUAAUACAGCCUCGUUACUACCCUCCACUGGACAUCACCACUCACCUUCUGAGAGGAAUCCUCCUGGAUCCACAGUGUGCUGAAGUGCUGACCUUAGAGGCCUACAACCUGCUGAUGAGGAUACAGAAGUACCACCCUGCAGAUAUAGCAACACUUCCAUGGGACUGGGACUUGUUAUCAGCAGUAAUGACAGAACAGAUAGGGGUCCAGAGUGAGGCCCGGUGUCUGCUGUUUCAGUAUGUGCUGCAGGUAUUGGAAGAUGACUUCCAUUUUAAGCUGUCAAUGCUACGACUUAAUCUUUCUGUUGCUAAGGCAGUGCUGUCAUGUCAUCAGAAGUUCAGACAGGUCAGGGAUCUUAUGAAUUGGCUAUUAGAUGUAGCCAAGCAAUCUUUCUGCAAAACAAAGGAUGAAAAAAUGCAAAAAAGGGAACAAAACUGCUGUCUCAGGAUGUUGCUGAUUCUGCAGAGGAUGUUGUUAUUAGCCAUGGAGGUGGACCGCACACCCACCUGCAGCUCCAAUAAGCUCUCUCAGGAGCUGUGCAACAGCCUCAACAGCACUGCCCCAUGCAGACAGCUCAGACUAUUGUUGUUAAGCACUUUGGAGAGCAACCUGCUGAGAUGUAAGCUGUUGGAGCUGCUGCUGGACCAGGCCUGCUCUCAGAAAAGACCUCUGCCUAUGUCUUUCAAACUGCUACUUCACUUCCUGCAGACGUCCACACUUGCACCUGAUCCAUCGGAUGGCACAGAAAGAUGGAAAAAGUGGGAUGAACUUCUACAGCUUGUGUGGAUGCUCAUGCUCAGUUAUGAAGAAGUGAUGACAGGUCACCUCCGUUGUUCCAUCACAGAGCGGUUCACUUUGACUCGCGCUCCAAUGUGGACCCAGAAUGACCAGGUUACCCGAGCAUCUGUGCAAGAGGCAGCGGAGGCUUUCUUAUCCCGCGCGGUGGAGGACCUCGGCCAUGCACUGCCCUCACAAAUACAAGAGUCAUUAUCUCAGCUACAGGAGCAUUUACUGAGUAUCCGUUUGCAUUAAUGGACCUACAGGUUUUGAAAGCUAUACUUUUUUUAAUUGAAUACAUUUAUAUUUUUUCCAGUA